AUGCGAUCGACCCAGUCGUGUGGAUAUGUCGCUUCUCGAGGCGAAGAGGACGAAAGGGGCAUGUUCGAUCUCCCGAACCCGGUCGCCAAAGAAGUAUAUAACAAGUCACACUGGGUUGUUGACCCCCAGGUCAAGCAGACGUCGCGACUGGUAUCUUUGAUGAUCCAUCUUGGAUACUCCAAUUGCUGGAAAGGUCGUCUGUCUCCCAACAUCCAACAUCAACAGCGUGAUGCUGAAGCCAGCCUGGGUCUCAAGCAUGUCACCCACAAGUAUAUCCAUGUGCGGACACCCGUAGUACUCGCGGUACAGCAAGACUGCGGGGACCCCAGACUCUUGACUUUUGACUCCAACUCUGGGGUUUUCCGUGGAAAAUGCUCGCCGUGUGCCGUCCCAAAUUCACCCUCAGCCUCGGGAACAUGCUUCUUGGCCUCUUUACGGAUUUGGUAUGCCGAGUAUGUCAUGUUCCAGCCGUUGGAGGUGAAACCGUCGUACACUGUCGCCUGUCUGCGGUGCUUUUCUCUGUCUCCGCUUCGACCCCCUCGUCCCGAAGCAUCUGAAGCGAGAGAUCUUGUGGAGCAGGCUCAGGGAGUAUCUAGCCCAACAGCCAAGAAUCUAGGCCGGUCAAUUGGGGACUCUCCGACGGGAUAUAUCAUGUUUCGCGCUAUGCAGUCAGACGAGGUCCUUGCGUCGCGACGAGCAGCGUCAGCUCUGCCAGACGAGGACGCACCAAGCACCAAGCGACAGAAGAUAUCUCCCUCAGCGCGGCCUCGCGCUUCGCUAGCUUGCCACAGCUGUCGCCAGCGCAAGAUUCGAUGUGAUAUUCAGCGCCUUCCUACCGGGUCUACGUGUAGCGCAUGCCGCAUUUCCGACAUUGACUGUCGCGUCAGCCAGUUCUCGGAUCGUAGAAAGCACGGUUCUCGCGAGCACAUUGCUGCACUUCAGGAGCAGAUCCGAUCGCUGGACGUUCUGAUCCGCCAGAUCGUUCCCGAUGGCAAUACAUCGCUUGGCAGUAGUCAGGGAGAGAGUGCGCCACUGUUGAAAUCACCGGCAGCUGCAGCUGCAACCACCAGACCCAGCCUUGACGAUAUACGGGGGCCACAAGACGCGACUCUGAUCGCCGCUCACCGAGCCUCAUCGGCAGUCGUGCAGCCAAGCACAAACAAUCCUGAGUCCCCUCGAGCCAAUCAAGGUCAACAGUCUUCUGCUGAGCAACCGGGUCUCGCCGACAACGAAAGUCAACGGCGAAGCCACACGCCUCGAGUUCACCAUGAAGUCAAUGGCGAGGGCGAAGUUUCCGAGGAAUCCGGCAUAUACUUUGGCCCGUCAUGCCAGCUCCAUGUGUCGUCGCCUUCUGAUGUGGUGAAAAGUGUGUCGGGUAUCCAUGCUCUAGGGACCCAGAUUGACAUGGACUCGGAUCGCCUGAAAACCCUCCUGUUCAACAACUACUGCAAUUUCCAGACCCUUUCAGUCACCAUCAUUCACCCCGAGCUCUUUUUGUCCCACCGAGCGCGAGGCUUGCGAUCCCAGCAUUACUCUCGGUUUCUGGAAAACUCCAUGAUGGCGUGCAGCGCGCGCUUGAGUACUUCGGUUGCGGUCCGCGCGUUGGGAUCCAGCUAUGCGAUGCGUGCAAAGUCGGAAAUCGUGUCAGAGUUGGAAGAUCCAAAUGUGGCGACGCUGCAGGGUAUGCUGCUCCUCAGUGACUACGAGAUGACUGAAGGACGCGACCGAGUUGGCUGGAUGUAUUGUGGUAUUGCCUGUCGGCUCGUGGUUGACCUGGGUCUGCACCAUGCUUGGAGCAAGAGCAGUGACCAAGAUGCCUCGAACAUCCAUGGAGCAAGGUUCCGCGGCUCUGUGACGUUGGGCUGCUUCGUCUACGAGACCCUCUGGAGCAUGUACUUGGGACGUCCAAGCCACAUAGCCAUGCUGGGCCCGUCUUUGUCCUCGUAUGCUGACCAUGUAUCUGACAAUCUGACUUUGAGGGCGUGGUUUGACCUGUGUGUAUUGAUUGCCGAGAUUACGACAAUCCUCGACAAGGAUUCGCUUAUACAGGCAGGCACUCUGAAUCGACUGUCAGAACUCGAUGGCAGGUUGCGCCGGUGGUAUUCGUCAGUGCCCGCAGACAUUACCCUUGAUUAUGACAACGUCUCUGCUCUUGACGCCGUGGCGUAUGGUCUCCAUAUGCAGUAUCUAAGGGUGCAGAUGCUGUUGCAUUCUCUUCCCAUCUCAAGCCACCGGAAGCGCAAACAAAGCGACGGCAAGGACCAACCCCCAGUCCUUCGCAAUUGGACCGCUGAGUCUUCCAGGCAGCUUGUGCAUCACAACGCGCUGAAGAUUGCCCAGCUGGGUAUCACCUACGGACAGAUUUUCGGGGUGGAAAAGACGCCUUCUGUGAUGCUGGACAAUCUGUACGUGGCGGCGACCGUCUUAAUCUCCAACAUCUUGGGGGCCGAGCACUCUUCCAUAGACGAGAACGACCUUCGGUGGCUUCGAUUGCUGGAUGAGAUGCUGAAAGACCUUCAGCCGCAUUUUCAUAUCACCGGCAGGAUGAGGAGGACCCUGGCUCGCAUCGUGGAAGGCUGUCCCCUGCUUGCUGGUGUCUUUAUGGACGACGUGCAGACGUCACCUGUACAAUAUGGUUCCAAGCAUGGGGGCUUGGACAAUGCACAUGGCGGUGGUUGGGGUUCUCUCGAGGCUGCCGUCAAUGACUUUGUCAUCGACCCCAGUCUGUUCAACCUCGUUGACUUUGAGCUGGUCGGUGACGGCGACGGAGUGAAUCGCGGCUAG